GUAGAAGGCGAAAAGAGAGGAAGGCGUUGCUUUGUGAGGAUGGGUUGUUGUUUCAAGACGCCUUGACGACUAUCUCCUGGCGGUGACCAAGAUUCCGGUCGAAGUGUAUGCGGAGGGGGUUUAUAACGGGUUAGAGACCAAAUGAUUUUUGCAUUUGCGAUAGAGACACAGCUCGACCAAUCAGGGCUCGAGCCAAGUUUUGACGGACGUGUGGGAUAUUGAAUGGACAUAAUUGAGUCCGUAGUAAAGGUGCAGUGCAGUCGAGGAAAGAGUCAUAAACAGUUUCCCGGGUGUUUGAGUGUUUUGCUUUGCCGACCGUCACAACCGCUGAGCUGUGCUCAUCCAAACAGGCGAUAGCUCUGAGAUCUGAGAUCUUGUUUUUGACAGACAAAUCCUUCAUAUCGGGAACACAAACUGUGUAGAUUCUGAUCUCUCCGUGUGUCGAUAUACACGAGUUAUAUAUAUAUAUCAGACCCGCCGGCAAGCCAGCUCGCCACAACCAUGCAAACUUCCUGCUACGGCGGACAGUACAGUCCGGCUCUGUUCGGGGACUCCUGCAGCUACCACCACGACCAGCAGACUCAGUCCUUCGGGCACAGCUACAACCUCGGCCCGACCUACACCAGCGGCACCCUCGGUCCCACCAUGCAGAAUUACGACAUGAAGCCGGAGCCCGCCAGCUACCCCUACGGGGACACAGUCAUCACCACGCCGAGCGUCAGCCCGUACGCGCCGGUGGUGUCGACGGCGUUCCAGCGGAUCAGCCAGCCAACGGUACCCACGACUCAGUACUUCAGUCCUCCUCCUAAGGCCUACACCGACUGCAAUCACCCAGACGAGAACGACAACGCGACGUUUCACGAGAAAUCCGCCGCCGAACCGCCUGUCGUGGUCCCAAAACAGGAAGAGACGACGGCGGAUCAGCAGCCAGCGGCGGACGACAAGCCGCCGACGGACGGAGGGGAGGGGGAGGCGGGGAAGGCCGGCACGGACACCCCUGCAAGCGGCGACGGCGACAACAGCGACAACAACGGGAUGGAAGAAAUCCUCACGUCUCUUGAGAAGAAGGAAGACACGCCGAAGGAGCCUCCUUCGGCAGACGUGAAACCGCCGCUGUCCUACAUUGCGCUCAUCGCGAAAGCCAUCCUCGGCUCCCCCGCCAAGCGCCUCAGCCUCGGCUCCAUCUACCAGUACAUCACCGACAACUACCCGUACUACCAGAACCGCGGGCAGGGCUGGCGCAACUCCGUCCGACACAACCUCUCCCUCAACGACUGCUUCAUCAAGGCCGGGCGCUGCGAGGACGGCAAGGGCAACUACUGGGCCAUCCACCCGGCCAACAUCGAGGACUUCGCCCGGGGAGACUUCCGACAGCGCCGGCGGUCCAGGCGACGCCGCGGGGCCAAGAAGGACAUGGAGACCCUCAACAACGGUUACGGGAUGGCGAACAGCUACCUGAACCCCAGCACAGGCCCCAUCACGCCAGGCUACUCCUUCCCGCCGUCUCUCAGCUCCAUCUACUCACCCUACACCGACGCCGAGAGGAAAGCCUACCGGCUAGAUGAAGUCCUCUACCGCCAACACAUCAACAAUCCUUUCUUCAAGUGGUACAACAGUAGCUGUAGGAUUCCUCAGGCGACACCAUCCCCCAACCCGUCUUCUCCUGUCGGCAUGUACCCGAACUCUAACCCGCAGUGGCAGUACUCCGACACCCAGAACUCUCAAUCCAUGUUCCCCAUCUCACCAAACUUUCAGCGGUUCAAGUAAGUUCACUAUAACUAGUUGGUGUAAAAAGAACACGCCUGUAUAAAUGUGUGGAAAAAAAUAGGUUCAUCACAUAACACUUACUUUUUAUCAAGAAAAGACGUUAGCGUUCCGUUUUUGUUUUUGUUUAUUAGAAAAAAAGGCACUGGUCACUCAUGUAGAAAACCAUUCUUGAGUUUUCAAUGUAAGAAUCGUGCAAUUUGAUGAUCCACGUGCAAUCACACAAAAAAAAUCCUAUAUUAUUUCUGUGUUCGCCGCGAAUUGUACCAAAGACUUCAGAAUUUAAGAAAAUGUCAAAGAUUCAAAAUUGUUUGAUCUGUUCAAAGAGACUAGUGUUAGUUACAUUUUAAGGAUAGUUUUGUCAUGUUUCGACAAUUCUCCCUUUGUCUUGUAAAAUACACAUUAAAUAGGAAACCGUACUUCAGACUGCUUACGUAAAUGCUAAAGUCUCACUGUUAUAUGUUCAUUACUUUUUUUCUUAUUUAUUAGUUUGUGCAUUUUUAGAUGCAAAUGUGUCUUUUGUACAAAAGUAGGUGUGAGAAUACGAGAAUUUGCAUACUGAAAUGAUUUCGCCUUUCAUCUAAUGGUAAACUGCUGCUGCCAAAAACAUUUAAGACAUGUUGUGCUUAAACUUAAUUGUUUCGUGGGUUUGCUUCUUGCUUUGAAAAAAAAAAAACCGAUAUAGUUGAACGUGUUCAAUUGCAUAUAAAGCACAAAGCUAAAAUUCAAGUCAAAAAAAGAUUACCUAUGUUUUACUGAUUGCAGAGAUUCUAGGGAAGUUUAACAAUAUGAUUUUGAGGAAAAUUACCGCUGCAAUAUUGGCAUUAGAAUGGCAGACUAAACUUAUAGCACUUUGUAAAACUUUCUGUUUUGGAAGCUUCUUACAAUGUAUGUACAGUUUCUGUAUAAACUGUUAUGGUCGGAAGUGUUUUGUGACAUUUAGCCUCAGUUGUCCGUCAGUUGUACAAAGUAAGAAUUAAAAAAUUGUAGCAAAACA